UAGAUGAUGUAAUGAAUGUAAAUGUAAACGAUUUAAUUAUGAAUUCUGUUGUUUUCAAUGAAACAUGGAAUUCAUCAAUUUGGAAUCAACCACAAAUUUUAUCAUCCUCAUCAUCAUCAUCAUCACAGUCAUCAUCACCUUCAUCUUUCUUAGUAGUCACACAGGUUGAUGUAACAGAUUUACAAAUAUACGUUAUAUUAAAACAUUAUUUACCUAUACCAAUAUUUAUUGUUAGUAUACUAUGCAUUUUAGUGACAUUGAUUGCAGUUACACAACGUGGUCUAUGGAGAACUACAGUCACUUAUAUUAUUGUAUUAGCUAUUGUAGAUUUAUUCACUUUAAUAUCACUCUGCAUACUUUCAAUGGAUUUUUUUAUUAUACCAGCAUUACCUGAAGGAUUAUAUACAAGAAUUUAUUUUCUAGUUGAAACAAUAUUGGGUGAAUUAGUUGAUACAUUAUUAUUAAUAUCAAAUUGGUUAACUGUACUAAUUGCUACUGAACGUUAUCUUGCUGUAUGUCAUCCAUUGAAAGUACGUUUUAUUGACUGUAAAUAUCGACGUAUUUUUAUUAUGCUUGUUAUUUUCUCAAGUAUACUAAUUAAAUUACCAGGAUUUAUUAUAUUAGGAUAUGCAAAAGAAAUUAAUUCAUCUUAUACUAUUGUAAUCUUUAGAAAAAUUUAUAUCUGGAUUGUACAAAUUUUACUAUUUUUAAUAAUUCCAUUCAGUAUAUUAACUUUUGUCAAUGUACGUUUAAUACAAACUUUACGUAGCUCAUUACAAUUUAUUAAUCAACGGCAUAAAAAAGCAAAUAAAGAGUUAAUUAUAUCUUCAAAUUCUACUCAAAGUGAUUCGGGAAUAAUCCAUAGAAUUACAUCUUGUUAUCCAUAUUCAUCUUGUUGCAUUUCAUCUACACCGAAAAAUGUUUAUUUAUUUGAUCAAUGUUCUAGUACAUUUCUGAAAAUAUUCUGUUGUGAUUGUUUGAAUUUAUCAACGAAAUCGGCAAAUAAUUGUCAACUUCAAUCGAAUCAACAAAAGUCAAAUAUAAUUUUGAAUAAAAAUGAAUUAUUUCAAGUGAAUGAUUCAUCACCAGUAACAAGUCCAACCAGUUUAACAGCAAGUGAACCUACAGGUGCACAAUUAGGACGUACUCAAAGAGAAGAGAAAAAAAUUACCAUUACGCUGAUUUGUUUAAUUGUAACCUUUUUUAUUUGUCAAGGUCCAUUUGUAUUAACAACUGUGAUAAUGCGUUUCAGUAGUACUGGAUUUUAUUUAUCUGAUACAAAUAAAAUUAUUAAUAACACUUUAUUGUUAUGCAAUACAUUUACAGAUCAAAAUCAUAUUGAAACAAUUACACCGAAUAAACCAUUUGGUUUUGUAGAUUAUAUAAAUCCUAUUUCUGUGAUUGCAUUAGCUUUAAAAAGUGAUUUAUCAUUUUUCUUUUAUUGUUGGUUUUGUGAUCGAUUUUUAUUAGCAUUAAAAAAGAUUAUGCGUCAUAAAUGUUGGCCAAAAUUGAAAAGACACAAUUUUUAUCAUCGUCGUCCGCCUAAUCAUCGUCAUCUUCAUUAUCAUCAUUAUCGUCAAAAAUGUAAUAGUCAUCCACAUUUACAAAAAUUAACUAAAUCUCAUCAGAAUGAACAGAAAAAUAUUAUUGAAUUAAAUAUGCCAUCAAGUGGUAGCCUACCAGAUGAAUAUCGAUUACCUCAUCAUCAUUAUAAAGAUGGCGGUGAGUACUAUCAAUAUCGUAUUCCAGUUGAUUUGGUUACUAAUCAGCAUAAAACUAUAAAAUAUAAAAAACCGGUACUUUUACCGUUUAAUUUAUCACAACAUAACAAGAUAAAGAAGAAAUCUGUAAUUAGUUUACCGAUAAAUGUAAAAAUCUCAUGGUCAUCACCGAGUUGUUCAGAUAAUUCUUAUAAAUGUUCAUCAUCACCAAAAAAGAAAUGUAGUUCAGUUGGUUGUUCAAAAAGAUAG